AUGGAGUGUAAGAACUGCGAGUUGAGACAACGUCAGUACUAUUGCGUAAUCUGUCUCAAAAACCAUCUACGUGAUUUCCGCCUUCAAACUCACCAUUUCUCCUCCGACAGAGACGAACACGUUGCUCGUGCAUUUCGUGCAUUCAACUCCAUCGAAUCCAGUCGCCUCCAAAUUCGUGCAGAGAUUGUACGAGCGAAUCGCAGCCUCGAGCAAUUAGUUGAUGGCCUUGCCAAAGUAAAGAGAGACUGUGAGACCAAGCGCGACCGUCUCCGUACUCUUCGAGAGGCCCUUGCUCAGCGCAGACGCACACUUAACGCCGCACGCCUCCUUCCACCUCAAUCGCAAACACUUACAAAGGAGUCUCAGGAACUCUCUGUACUGAGUCAAACUAUCGCUAGAGCACGAUCGGGCCUCGUACAGGAGCUAGUAGAAGUCUUUCAUGUUGUUGAAGUCGGCGGUCGACCCGCAGUUGGUGGACGACCAGGCACAAAAGGAGAAUGGACUAUUGGUGGACUAGUUCUUCCAGUACCAGGAGAUGUUAGACGAUACCCACCUGAUCAUAUCAACGCCGUAAUAACGCAUUCUAUUCACUUUCUGGGACUCCUUACGUUCUACCUGGGUAUCAAACUACCUUUCGAAGUUUCAUGGUCUUGCAGAAAACUCGGGGUUGGUAUGCCUUGGAUUGGAGCAGGACAAGGGGGUGAAUCAUGGGCAAAAUGGGUGAAAAAACACCCCAUGCACCUAACCUCCAAACCAUCCUCGACACCACCUUCUCCCACCUCAUCGCCAUCCUUUACACCCGCAUCGUUAGCUGACUCAGAAGCUCCAGAACAUGCACCAGCCCACGCCCAAAACCAAUCAUUCACGACCGGUUUCGCUAUGCUUCUUUAUAACGUGUGUUAUCUCGCUCAUACCCAAGAUGUCGAGAUUCCCUUGUCCCAGGCAGGUGAUGCAUUGGGUAAUCUGUGGGCUGUGUGUUGUAGUGGAGAGCUUGGGCGCCGGUCGCACUCUACCACCCCGCUCCUCUUGCCUCCGACCCCUCCCUCAUUUACGCUUGACUUUACGCAGGUCCUUCAAGCUACUGCUGCCAGUCCUGCUCGAGCAGUACGAAUACGGCCGGGGCGUUUGGUGCAAGAAGCUGACAUCGGGAGGAUGAGGAGCGAACGUAUCGUGGAGGAGGAUGGCUGGGAUGUAGUAGAGCUUGGCGGAGAAGAGGGAUUUGGAUAA